AUGUCCAAGCUGCUGGCAAAGAAGCGCUGGUGGAAAAUCUUCACCAAGCUGACGCCACGCAAACUCAAGCCGAACUGCUCCAAGCAGCGGCACUUGGUCAAGUCUGCUGUGAAGACCAAAACGAAGGUCAAGCUGGCGCCCUACGACAUCUCAUUCGAGCUGCCUGCGCCGGGCUGCCUAGAAGAAGCUACGCCUAGUCUGGCACGCGCUCUGCACUCGCAGCAAUCGAGUUUGAUAAGCAGCGAUCUGUCCAGCGAUUGCUUGCCCGCCAAGCAGGAGGAACAUUUCCAUUCAUCGGGCAUAUCCUGCAACGGCGAAACCGAUGACGACGUGGAGGUGGCCAUGCUGACAGGCUGUCUAAGCCCACAGCAGCUGCAGCGCGUACAAAAUCGAAGCAGGCCCAAUCAAUUGCCACUGAACGAGCUACUUAAUUUAAAUGUUUGCCGGAAUCGAAAUGCUGUUUGGCUGCACAAUGCGCAGCCGGACCAAUUGUUGGCCGGUGGGCGUGGCAGGCGCGAAACAACAGCCAUUGCCAUUGCCGAUGAUAUGCAAUUAAGCGAUAUUGAAGAACAAUUGGCCAAGUUUGAUGGCCAGCAACAGCAGCAGCAACAGCAUCAGCAUCAGCAACUAGCUGCCAAAACGUGA